GUUCCGAGGACAGCGUGAAGGCGCAAAAUGGUUGCUUCUUCGCUCGCUGUCCUGCGAGCGUGCGGGUUGUGCCGACCUGGCCUAAAGAAUUGGCCUAGGCUGUCAGGGCCUCCACUGCUUAGGCUGGGGGGCCGCAGCACAUGGGCUUCGUUAAAGACAACAGCGACGCUAAGCCUAGAGCCGGCGGGCGGCUGCUGCUGGGACCAGCCGGUGCGCAUCGCCGUGCGCGGCCUGGUCCCCGAGCAGCCCGUCACGCUGCGCGCGUCCCUGCGCGACGAGAAGGGCGCGCUCUUCCGAGCCCACGCGCGCUACCGCGCGGACGCCGGAGGCGAGCUGGACCUGGCGCGCGUACCCGCGCUGGGCGGUAGCUUCGCCGGCCUGGAGCCCAUGGGGCUGAUCUGGGCCAUGGAGCCUGACAAGCAGUACUGGCGCCUGCUGAAGCGGGACGUGCAGACGCCCUUCGUGGUGGAGCUGGAGGUGCUGGACGGCCACGAGCCCGACGGCGGGCGUCUGCUGGCCCGGGCGCUACACGAGCGCCACUUCAUGCGGCCCGGGGUGCGGCGGGUGCCGGUGCGCGAGGGCCGGGUGCGGGCCACGCUCUUCCUGCCGCCAGGACCUGGGCCCUACCCUGGGAUCGUGGACCUUUUUGGACUUGGAGGUGGCCUUCUGGAGUACCGAGCUAGUCUGCUGGCUGGGAAGGGUUUUGCUGUGAUGGCUCUGGCCUAUUAUAACCAUGAUGACCUUCCCCAGAGUUUAGAGACUACGCACCUGGAGUACUUUGAAGAAGCUGUGAACUACCUGCUCCAUCACCCCGAGGUAAAGGGUCCAGGAAUUGGGCUGCUUGGGAUCUCCAAAGGGGGCGAACUCGGCCUUGCCAUGUCCUCUCUCCUGAAGGGCAUCACAGCUGCAGUCAUAAUCAAUGGCUCUGUGGCUGUCGUUGGGGCAAGCAUACGCUACAAGGAUGAGACGCUGCCCCCUGUGACUGUCAUUUGGGAUCGAGUCAAGAUGACCAAAGAUGGCAUCAAGGACGUUGUGGAAGCCCUGAAAAGUCCUUUGGAGGAUGGGAAGAGCUUUAUUCCUGUGGAGCGGUCUAACACCACCUUCCUGUUCCUUGUGGGUCAGGAUGACCACAACUGGAAGAGCGAGUUCUAUGCUAAUGAGGCCUCUAAACGCUUGCAGGCCCAUGGGAAGGAAAAGCCCCAGAUCAUCUGUUACCCAGAAGCGGGGCACUACAUUGAGCCCCCUUACUGGCCCCUGUGCCGGGUUGGCCAUCAUGUCUUGGUGGGUGGCCCCAUCUUCUAUGGAGGGGAGCCCAGGGCUCAUGCCAUGGCCCAGCUGGAUGUGUGGGAACAACUCCAGACUUUCUUUCACAAACACCUGGGCGGUAAGAGUUAGGGAGGACUCUUCAGAAAAUUUAACCGAUUAUCUGAACGUUUGGAGGAUAAGACUUAAGUAUAGUCUUAGAACACCAGUUAAGAUUAGUUCAUUUGAACAUAUUGUUGUAAGUCUUCUAAGUUGUAUUCUAUUCCAUUUAAGUAUUACUAUUAAAAAUAGUGCCUAUACAUUUGCAGGCAAAUGGAUGAAAUUGGAGAAUAUCAUGCUAAAUGAGAUAAGCCAAUCUCAAAAAUUCAAAAGGCGAAUGAUCUCACUGAUAAGCGGAUGAUGACACAUAAU